CAAUUGUUUAAUGUUUAAUGUUUAAACUUGUAAUACCGCUUUGAUAAGGCACGCAAACAAAAAAAUUAAUAUGUACACAAUGGUGUGAAAACAUGCUGUUCCUAACAUUACAAUGCUUUUAUGUGCUCUGGAAUUUAGUUGCAGGCGCUUCAAAUUUAACUUGUUACUGUAACAAUAAGAAUGGUUCUGGACAGUCACAUAGAAGAUGCACUAAUAACAAAUGUUUUCUAAAAGAAGAUGGCUUCUGCUACAUUAUGAGAAAAAAUGGAAAAAGUGGAACUACAUUUACUGAGAAAGGAUGCUUAUCCUUUGUAGAUAAUGGACUUAAUAAAAAUAAAGAUAACUAUAUGAGCUGUGAUAACGAGAUGAUGUGCAACAUGAAUUUGGUUCUUAAUAAUAGCUUUUCAUCUUCACCUAAUGUGACAGAAACAAGCUUUCCAACUACGUUGAAAUCAACCAAGCACUUUACUACAUUCCAUAUUACCUUGCUGGUUGUUUUGCCGUUCAUGAUAGGUGUUAGCAUGAUGAUCGCAUGGUUAGUAUGCAAAUACCGUAAGAAAGGUAGAAAUGCUGGUGUAGAUAGAUCUCUGCUGCUGCAUACAGUUCCUGCAUCUGAAGAACGUUUCCGGAAAAAUGAAAUUGAUAUUGAUAAAUUAGAUCUGUUGGAAUUCUCUUCUACAGGUAGUGGUAUGGGAUUACCAGUAUUAGUUCAAAAAACUAUAGCAGGCGAAAUCAACCUGACACGAAGAAUAGGACAAGGCGCAUUUGGUUUUGUAUAUCACGGACUGUGGAGAGGACAAGAUGUAGCCGUUAAAGUGUUUUCUAGCACUGAAGAGAGUUCUUGGUCACGGGAAGUGAAAAUAUAUCAUACACCUAUGUUGAGGCAUGAAAACGUAUUAGGUUUCAUAGCAGCUGACAGUAAAGACACAGGCACCGUAACUCAACAAUGGAUAAUCACAGACUACCAUUCAAAUGGAUCUUUAUUUGAUUUUCUGCAAGACAAUACACUCGAUAUAACUAUGUUACACAAGAUGUUAUUAAGUAUAGUGAAUGGAGUGCUACAUUUACAUACUGAAAUAAUAGGAACUUUUGGAAAACCAGCAAUGGCUCAUAGAGACAUUAAAACAAAAAAUAUAUUAGUUAAGCAAAAUUUUACUUGUUGUAUAGCUGACUUAGGAUUAACUGUAAUGUAUUCGUCAGAUAAAAAACACACAGACAAACCCGAGGGUACAAAAACAGGAACGCGUCGAUAUCAAGCCCCUGAACUUUUAAACAACACGUUAGAUCAGCUUGGAUUUCAGGUCUGUCGAAGGGCAGACAUUUACGCUUUAGGAUUAUGCUUGUGGGAGAUAUGUAGAAGAACAAAAAUAGAUGGUAAGGUUGAAGAAUAUCAGCUUCCUUACUUUGAUGCCGUUCAACCCGAUCCUUCAUCAGAAGAAAUGAUACAAGUAGUUUGUGUGGAAAAGAGGAGGCCGCAUUUUUCAGAACAUUGGAAAAAACAUGAGUCCAUGCGCAUUCUGAUGAAGACGAUGACGGAGUGUUGGUACCAUGAGGGUAGCGCAAGACUGACUGCAUUGAGAAUAAUGAAAGACUUGAGCUCACACUUAGUCGUUGAGAAAUCAUAGUUUUAGUAUUAGUCAAAUUUUUUUGCCAGGUGGCUUUUUACUAGUUCCUAAAAAAGUUGAAUAAAUUUUUGUGUCAAUUAUUUUAAUUGUUUUUAUAUAUAUCUGGUAUAUAUAGUACACGUGUACAGCUAGUUUUUCUUAAUUAUUUUUUUUUAAAUAAGGAUAGGGUUAUUAGUUAUAUAUCAUAUAUUUUUUGUUUUUCAAGGUUAUAUAAAUAAAUAUAAAGGUUAUAAUGUUUUUGUCACUGUGUAUGCUACUUCGUCACUAUAUUUAGCUACCUAUUUUAAACAGCUGUCUGAAUGUUAUUGGUAAAUUAUUCUUUGUGAUAUAUACGUUUGAGUGUUAGUCCUUGUAUAUUUUGAACAUUUUUUCUUCGUUAUUUAUAACGUUUUUAGUUGAAAUAGCGGAGCAUUGUGCGUGGCUUUCAAUGUUGGUCUAUUCAUAUUUCAGUGUCAAUGUUCGUAUGUGUCAAGUUUAUCAGCGAUCUUGUGUACGUUGUUCUCUUCACUUAAGCGUUUUUGAGAGCAGCUGAUAACUUUGAUUGAGUUUUGUGAUGCCUUAAUUCGUUCCACAGACAAUGUUUAAAUGAUGCCACUGCCCCCCCCUCCCCCCCUAAAAAAUCGUUUAAAAAUAUAAAAUUUGGACAUGCAUGUUCUUUUUAUCGUGUGGAUGUAUCCUCACAUUCCAAAUAUUAAAACAUCUUAAGCGGGAAGCGAUGCUUGUUUCAUAUAUUUAAAUUUCAUCCAUUUUAAACCAGGUGAUGCUUAUAAAAAAAUACAUGUUUUCCCUUAUUAUAAAAUAUAUAGUUAAAUGUUAGAAGUUAAAUAUUAGUUUGCAGGGCGGCGUAAAGGGAUGGGCAUCAAUUUGCAUGUUGUGAGAAAACUUGACAAUUUAGAUUACUACCUACCGCUUACACUAAACUUCUAACAUUUUUCUUGGAUUGAUUUCGUAAUUUUAAAAAGAACUGAAAAUCGUUCGAAACCUUUUAACAAGUUUUUUUUUCAAUAUUACUCAACUGCGUUUCCAUGAUUUUAAUAAUUUUGACUCGUGGAAGAUUUAAGUCCCGAAGAAAUUUAACUUUGGUUUGGUUGGAUAGUUAAAAUUUACAUGUUAGUUUGGACAGCAUUUCUGAUAUUUAUUUUACGUGAACUAUUUGUGUGACCAGUGUGUUUAUACCCCUUUACUAAAGCUCUAUUUAUAUUCACGCAUGGAUUUAUUUCUUAUUAUGUAAAUGUAUAUAUGUAAAUUGUAAAAAAUUAUUUUGGUAGUGUUGGUGGUCUGUCAUCGAAUUGUUUUUUUUUAAUGCGAGCUCCUUUUCUUUUCUUCUGAACUUAUAUUUUUUUUGCAGGAUUUUAUUCUGAAAUAUGAGAUAAUUUGGCUUACAAAUUUCAAACAUUGACCUUCUUCAAGCCUAAGAUUACCUCCUGCAAAAAAUCAAGUUGAGCACAUAUGAAAGAUCUCUGAAAGUUCUCUAGAAAUCUUUUUAUUUUUUAAAAAAACCUUUAUCCGUUCUCGAGAUAUUUUUCUUAAAGGUUGCGCUUAUUAUGCGAAAUUAUGACGUCAUGAACUAGCAUUGAGCGUAAUUAUGGUAACUAAAUAUUGAAAUUUAUGUAAAAUGUUUAAUUAAAACGCGUCAAAGUAAACGGCCAGAAAACAUUUUUAACUCUAUAUGGCUUGUCAAAAAUGUUAAAUAUAACACCCUCUAGCUAGCUCAUGACAUCAUGCAUAAUUAAACGGCCAUGACAUCAUGCAUAAUUACUGAAUCUUCUUAGUGCCAAUUCUAAAGAACGAAUCAAGAAUUUUGAAAAAGAUUUUCAAAUUCGUAGACAACCUUUCAAGCUCUUUCAUAUGCAAUUAACUUUAUUUUUUGCGGGAGGUAACAUUUAAAACCUUCUUUACUUCUUUUUAUCAGACGAUUUAUUCGUUUUUAGGAAUUUUCUCUUUAUUUGGUGUUGUAAUAAUUGAAAAAAGAAAGUUUGGUAAGAAUUUUCAUAAUUUUACAGUUGUCUUACAUACUUAUGCAAAAAUAUUUUCACAUAAUUAUAACAGUUAUACAUAAUUACGCAACAGUCUAUUGUUUUUAUUUAAUUAUGCAAUGGUGUUAUUGUUAUGCAGUAUUAUCGUUUUUACGUAGUUAAAAUGUAUUAUUUAUUUUCAUUUAUGAAAUACUUUACGUAUUUUUUUAUCACAAAAAGAAACUCAAUUUAA